GAGCAGACAUCUUCCUGAGCAGGAUCCAGGCAGCAAGCGGUAGCAGCAGCAGCAGCACGGGGGGCAGCGGGGCAAGCGGGGAGCCCCAUCUCCCGACAUGGUGAAGAGAAAAAGCUCAGAGGGGCAGGAGCAGGAGGGGCCCCGGGGGAUCCCACUCGCAAUCCAGAUCUUCUUGUGGAGGCAAACCAGUGCGUUUCUGAGACCAAAGCUGGGGAAGCAGUAUGAAGCCUCUUGCGUGUCUUUCGAGAGAGUUCUGGUUGAGAACAAGUUGCAUGGCCUGUCUCCUGCCCUGUCUGAAGCUAUACAGAGUAUCUCUCGCUGGGAACUGGUCCAAGCUGCACUCCCACAUGUAUUGCACUGCACAGCCACACUGCUCUCCAACAGGAACAAGCUAGGACAUCAAGAUAAACUAGGUGUUGCAGAGACCAAGCUUCUGCACACUCUUCACUGGAUGCUUCUGGAAGCUCCCCACGAUUGCUCUCAUGAUAGAUUUGGGGGUGACCGAAGCUCCAGUUGGGGAAGAGGCAGUGGUGCUUUUAUUCACCAAGAAAACCAGGGAUCACCAGGACACUCAAGACAAAGCAACACUAAUGAGGAAGAUGAGAAUAACCGAAGGACGUUCCUACAAAAUUCUAUGGCAACAGUCGAGCUCUUUGUGUUCCUGUUUGCACCUCUUGUUCAUAGGAUUAAGGAAUCAGACCUGACUUUUCGCUUGGCCAGUGGGCUGGUUAUUUGGCAGCCAAUGUGGGAACAUAGACAGCCCGAGGUCCCGGCUUUUACAGCCCUGGUAAAACCCAUUCGCAACAUCAUCACAGCCAAAAGAAACUCCCCUUGCAACAGUCAGACCCAAGCACAAGACUCUCCAAAACUAGACAUAGGACCAACACAGGGAUUUGAGGUGGUAUCUGAAUUGACUCAGCCUGACUCCCUAUCUCCCAGAGCUGCCGCCUCCAGCUGCCAAAGAGCAAAUUCAUUUGAUGGUUGUGUCACAUGCAACACAUCAAAGGAGAGAGGACCUUCCCUCCCAAGAUCAUCUUUAGUGAUUCCACCAUGUCAGAAGUCUCGCUAUGCUACUUACUUUGAUGUUGCCGUUCUAAGAUGCUUGCUGCAGCCCCACUGGUCAGAGGAAGGCACACAGUGGUCCCUUAUGUAUUACCUGAACCGGCUCAGACAUAUGCUAGAAGAGAAGCCAGAGAAGUCUCCUCAGUCAGAAGAACCACCAAUUCCACGACCCCGUAGUAGCUCAAUGGUGGCGGCUGCUCCUUCUCUUGUGAACACCCAUAAAACCCAAGACCUUACUAUGAAGUGUAAUGAGGAAGACAGAGGUACAGAGCCCUAUGCCAAGGUCUCACUGACCAACCUGAGAAGACCUGCAAUUCCUGACCUUUCCUCUGACAUUGGCAUUAAUAUCUUCAAAAAGUUUAAGAGUCGCAGGGAAGAUCGGGACCGUAAGGGUUCUAUUCCAUACCAUCAUCAGGGCAAGAAACGCCAGCGCAGAAUUGGGGUGCCAUUUUUAUUACACGAUGAUCAUUUGGACGUUUCCCCGACCCGCAGUACAUUUUCCUUUGGUAGCUUUUCAGGAGUUGGAGAAGAGAGGCGGGCCAUGGAAAAAGGAGGAUGGCAAACAGCAAUACUUGGUAAAUUUACUCGGCGUGGCUCCGAUGCAGCCACAGAGAUGGAAAGUUUAAGUGCGCGACAUUCCCACUCCCACCACACUCUGCUGACUGAUGUACCUGACCACUCUAAUAGCCAUGGUGAAAACACAGUCAAAGAGGUGAGAUCCCAAAUCUCCACCAUAACAGUGGCCACUUUCAAUACAACACUGGCUUCUUUCAAUGUCGGUUAUGCUGACUUUUUUACUGAACACAUGAGAAAGCUUUGCAACCAAGUGCCGAUUCCUGAGCUGCCCCACGAGCCAUUGGCCUGUGCUAAUCUACCAAGGAGCCUCACAGAUUCCUGUAUUAACUACAGCAGCUUGGAGGACACCGAUCACAUCGAUGGGACCAAUAACUUUGUUCAUAAAAAUGGAAUGCUUGAUCUCGCGGUUGUUCUUAAGGCGGUAUACUUAGUACUGAACCAUGAUAUCAGCUCUCGAAUUUGUGAUGUGGCUCUGAAUAUUGUAGACUGCCUGCUGCAGCUAGGUGUAGUGCCAUGUGUAGAGAAGAAGAGAAAGAAGAGUGAAAAUAAGGAGAACGAAUCCACCUCGGUUUCAGGAUCAGGCUCUGGUUGUGGAGAGAAGAGGCAAAGUGAAGGGAACUUCCAAAUGAAGGGUGCAGCAAGAGGAUCAAACUGUGGAUUUGGGGGAACAUCCAGUAGUGGAGCUAGUGGCGGAGGUGGAGGAGGGGAUGGUGGAAGUGGUGGAAAUGGAUAUUUUGAUAAGAAUGAUAAAAACUCAGAAAAGAAUCAGGAUGAAAAUAUCCCAGUUACCACGCACAAGCUGGCGCUGACCAUGCUCAUCAAGCUGGUAAAGUCUUUAGGCUGUGCUUAUGGUUGUGGUGAAGGACAUCGAGGAAUGUCAGGAGAUCGCCUAAGGAAUCAGGCACAGAGCUGUCUCACAAAACUCUACAAACUGGACAAAGUUCAGUUCCGUCAGACAAUGAGAGACUAUGUUAACAAAGAUUCCCUCAAUAACGUUGUGGACUUUCUUCAUGCACUUCUGGGAUUUUGCAUGGAACCAGUUACAGACAACAGGGCUGGGUUCGGUAACAAUUUCACCACAAUGGAUAACAAAUCUACAGCACAAAGUGUGGAAGGGAUCAUCGUGAGUUCUAUGUUCAAGUCCUUGAUCACACGUUGUGCUUCAACCACACAUGAACUACACAGCCCAGAGAACCUGGGCUUAUAUUGCGAUAUCCGGCAGCUGGUGCAGUUUAUCAAAGAGGCUCAUGGAAACGUGUUCCGCAGGGUGGCACUCAGUGCCCUGCUGGAUAGUGCAGAGAAGUUAACACCAGGAAAAAAAUUAGAGGAUGGAGAUAAAGAGCCAAGACCUUCAGGAAGCAAAAGACCUGAAGAGGGGAGCGCUCCUGAAAAGGGCCGUGUGUCCUAUGCGCCCGAGGAGUGCCGAAGUUACAUCUCUAGCCAUCCCCCACAGACUCCUGAGCACAAUGCUGAGAAUCUAAACGUUCACCCUGAUCUGUCUCGCAGUGAUGAGCAAAUGCAAGGUGCUGGACGCAAGGACUUCUGGCGUAAGAUGUUUAAAUCACAGAGUGCAGCCAGUGACACCAGCAGCCAGUCAGAGCCAGACACAUCUGAAUGUACAACAGCUCACUCAGGAAACACAGAGAGGCGAUCACGGUCCAGAUCCCGUCGGAUCUCACUUCGUAAAAAGCUCAAAUUGCCACUUGGUAACUGGUUAAAACGUUCAUCACUCUCCGGGCUGACUGAUGGCGUUGAAGAUCUUUUGGACAUCAGUUCAGUGGACCGACUUUCAUUUAUCAGGCAGAGCUCCAAGGUGAAGUUUACUAGUGCUGUGAAACUGUCAGAGGCCGGACCAGGCACAGGACUCGACACCGGGAGAGACGAAGAAGAGAAUUUUUUCAAGCGUCUUGGUAAAUGGCGCUCAAGCAGAAGGAACACAUCCAAGCUUCAUCACACAGAAGAAAAAGAUGGGUGUCAGAGUUUUGAUGACCACAUUGCAACCAAUCAGGAGGCUGGAAAAAGUAAAAAUGUAGUCAACUUGGGUGCUAUAAGACAAGGAAUGAAACGCUUCCAGUUUCUUCUCAACUGUUGUGAGCCAGGGACUAUUCCAGAUUCUUCUAUUUUGGCUGCAGCUUUAGAUCUGGAAGCUCCUGUGGUAGCCAGAGCUGCCCUUUUUCUUGAAUGUGCACGGUUUGUGCAUCGCUGUAACCGUGGAAACUGGCCAGAGUGGAUGAAGGGACAUCAUGUGAAUAUUGCCAAAAAGGGUCUUUCUCGAGGUCGUUCACCAAUAGUUGGCAACAAGCGCAACCAGAAACUGCAAUGGAAUGCAGCCAAGCUCUUCUACCAGUGGGGAGAUGUCAUAGGUGCGCGCCUCAAUGAGAUCUGUCACAGUGAGAGUGAAAGUCCAGCCAAUCUGCUGGGACUUAUUUAUGAUGAAGAAACCAAAAGAAGGCUGCGAAAAGAGGAUGAGGAAGAAGACUUUUUAGAUGACAGUAAGGAGACUCCCUUUACUACAAGAAACCCUGCUUGUUCCGUAAACCCAACAAAAUGUGGGUGUCCUUUUGCUCUGAAGAUGUCUGCAUGCCAGCUGCUCUUGGAAAUCACAACGUUUUUACGGGAAACCUUCCCUUGUCUGCCUAGACCACGAGCUGAGCCUCUUGCGGAUCUAGACACCUGCCGCCUUCGCUUAGACCCUGAGAUGGACCGUCAUAGAUACGAGAGGAAGAUCAGCUUUGCUGGUAUACUGGAUGAGAAUGAAGAUUCUAAAGACUCCCUUCAUAGCAGCAGUCACACCCUGAAAUCAGACACUGGUGGUGAGGAGAAGAAAGUUCCCAGCAGGAAGAUCAGGAUAGGAGGCUCCCGUCUGCUCCAGAUUAAAGGAACGCGCAGUUUCCGAGUGAAGAAAGGGGGCUCCCUGUCCAGCAUUCGCCGGGCCGGCAGCCUAAAGAGCGCCAAGCUAACACGACAGGACUCAGGGUCCGAGAAUGAGGAGAUCCAACUUUCACAGAGCAGGGACACUGUUACUGACAUAGAAGAAGGAAGUCCAUGGAGCACAAGUGAGCCCAGUAUUGAGCCAGAAGGAGGAAACAUUAGCAGUGAAGAAAGUUACCAUCAUAACAUGUCAUGGUUGCAUGUAAUGAUCCUUUUAUGUAACCAGCAAAGCUUUAUUUGCACUCAUGUGGAUUACUGCCACCCUCAUUGCUACCUUCACCACAGUCGUUCUUGUGCUCGGUUGGUCAGAGCUAUCAAACUGCUGUAUGGAGAUACAGUGGACUCAAUCAAAGAAGAUGGUCUGGGUAGUGGUUCUGGCUUUAGAGGCAAAAAGAUGAAAGAGUGUUCAGACAAAUCAUGCCUGCGAACGCCUUCCCUGAAAAAGAGGGUUACAGAAGCCAACUUAGAGGGGAAAAAAGACAGUGGGAUGUUGAAAUAUAUAAGGCAUCAGGUAAUGAGCUUGUGUCCUGCUCCUCUGUCCUUGCUGAUUAAAGCAGCUCCAAUCCUAACAGAGGAAAUGUAUGGUGACAUUCAGCCUGCUGCAUGGGAGCUGCUCCUAAGUGUGGAUGAGCACAUGGCAGGCGCUGCAGCUGCCAUGUUCUUACUUUGUGCUGUGAAGGUGCCUGAUUCAGUUUCCGAUAUGCUGACCUCUGAGUUUCAGCAUCCCGAGACAGUCCAGAGAAUCAAUGCCAUAUUAAAAUUCCAUACUCUCUGGAGGUUCCGUUAUCAGGUUUGGCCUCGGAUGGAAGAAGGAGCACAGCAGAUUUAUAAGAUACCUCCUCCAAGCAUUAACUUUACUCUGCCCUCACCCAUUCUGGGGAUGCCAUCUGUUCCCAUGUUUGACCCUCCUUGGGUACCACAGAGCAGUGGAAGCGUGCAAGACCCAAUCAACGAGGACCAGUCUAAAUCCUUCUCAGCUCGGGCAGUGUCCCGUUCCCACCAGAGGGCUGAGCACAUUCUCAAGAACCUUCAGCAGGAGGAGGAGAAAAAAAGGCUGGGGAGAGAGGCCAGUCUAAUCACUGCAAUCCCUGUGACACAGGAGGCCUGUUAUGAACCCACAUGCUCCCCUAGUUCUGAACAGGAGGAAGAAGUAGAAGAACCCACCAAUCUGAAUUCCAGACGCCUUUCAGUAAGUCCAUCCUGUACCUCCAGCACUUCACAUCGUAACUAUUCCUUCCGUCGAGGUUCUGUAUGGUCUAUACGCUCUGCUGUGAGUGCUGAAGAUGAGGAGCAUGCAACAGAACAUACUGCUAAUCACCAUGUCUCACAACCACCCCAACCAGUUUUUCCAGCAUGCAUCUGUGCUGCAGUGCUGCCCAUUGUUCACCUGAUGGAGGAUGGGGAUGUGCGUGAAGAUGGAGUUGCAGUGAGUGCAGUGGCUCAGCAAGUUCUGUGGAAUUGCCUGGUUGAGGAUCCAUCCACAGUUCUUAGACAUUUCCUGGAAAAACUCACCAUAAGUAACAGACAGGAUGAACUGAUCUAUAUGCUGAGAAAACUGCUACUUAAUAUUGGUGAUUUCCCAGCUCAGACAUCACAUAUUCUGUUUAACUACUUGGUGGGCUUGAUCAUGUACUUUGUUCGCACGCCUUGUGAAUGGGGUAUGGAUGCCAUCUCAGCUACUCUGACUUUCCUAUGGGAAGUUGUUGGCUAUGUGGAGGGCCUUUUCUUUAAGGAUCUUAAGCAAACUAUGAAGAAGGAACAGUGUGAGGUUAAACUCCUUGUGACAGCAUCCAUGCCUGGCACAAAAACGUUAGUAGUUCAUGGACAGAAUGAGUGUGACAUCCCAACUCAGUUACCAGUGCAUGAAGAUACACAGUUUGAGGCUCUUCUAAAGGAAUGCCUAGAGUUUUUUAAUAUUGCGGACUCCCAGUCAGCAAAUUAUUUUCUGAUGGACAAACGCUGGAAUUUAAUUCACUAUAACAAGACAUAUGUACGUGAUAUUUAUCCGUUCCGGAGGUCAGUUUCACCACAGCUUAACUUGGUUCAUAUGCCACCUGAGAAGGGCCAGGAGCUGAUUCAGAAACAAGUUUUCACCCGGAAGUUGGAAGAGGUUGGAAGAGUUCUGUUUCUUAUAUCACUGACCCAGAAGAUUCCACCUGCCCAUAAACAAUCUCAUGUUUCCAUGCUGCAAGAAGACCUUCUUCGUUUGCCUUCAUUUCCCCGAAGUGCAGUUGAUGCAGAGUUUUCUCUCUUUAAUGAUCCCCAAGCAGGAAAAGAAUUGUUUGGUCUGGACACUCUACAGAAAAGCCUAUGGAUCAAACUCCUUGAGGAAAUGUUCUUGGGAAUGCCUAGUGAAUUUCCUUGGGGUGAUGAAAUGAUGCUCUUCCUUAGCGUGUUUAAUGGAGCUUUGAUCCUGCACCCAGAGGACAGUGCCCUCCUCAGGCAAUAUGCUGCUACUGCCAUUAACACAGCUGUGCAUUUUAAUCACCUUUUCUCACUCAGUGGUUAUCAAUGGAUUCUGCCCACAAUGCUACAGGUGUAUGCUGACUAUGAAAGUAAUCCACAACUUCGCCAAGCUAUUGAAUUUACCUGCCGUCAGUUUUAUGUUCUUCACCGCAAACCUUUUGUGCUUCAGUUGUUUGCAAGUGUUGCUCCUCUUCUAGACCUUCCAGACGGUGUAAGCAGUGGCUCCUCCAGUAAGGGGGUGUCAGCCCAGUGCCUGUUUGAUCUGUUGCAGUCCUUAGAAGGAGAAACACCUGACAUUCUGGAUAUCCUGGAGCUUGUGAAAGCUGAACGACCCUUGAAAUCAUUAGAUUUUUGCUAUGGAAAUGAAGAUAUGGCCUUUUGCAUCAGUGAAUGCAUCAAACUGUGUGUAACUGUGGUAGCAUAUGCACCUGAGUCGUUUAGAAGCCUGCAGAUGCUUAUGGUACUAGAAGCUCUUGUUCCCUGCUUCCUGCAAAAGCUGAAGCGCCAGACUUCUCAGUUGGAGACAGUGUCAGCUGCACGUGAGGAAAUUGCUGCCACUGCUGCCCUUGCCACCUCCCUGCAGGCUCUUCUCUACAGUGUAGAAGCUCUCACCAGACCAAUGACUGCUCCACAGAUGAGUAGGGGAGACCAAGGCCACAAAGGAGCAACUACAGCCAAUCACACUAUGUCAGCUGGUGCCAACCUUAGAGAUAACCUACAUUUGUUGGAAGAAGGUCAAGGCCUUCCUAGAGAGGAGCUGGAUGAAAGGAUUGCACGGGAGGAGUUUAGGAGACCACGUGAAUCACUGCUGAACAUCUGCACAGAGUUCUACAAGCAUUGCGGCCCCAGGCUAAAGAUUCUCCAGAACUUGGCAGGGGAACCACGAGUUACUUCCCUGGAGCUCCUUGAUGUUAAAUCACACAUGAGGUUGGCAGAGAUUGCUCAUUCUCUAUUGAAGCUGGCACCCUAUGACACACAGACUAUGGAGAGCAGAGGACUAAAACGCUACAUUAUGGAGAUGCUGCCCAUAACAGACUGGACAUCUGAGGCUGUACGCCCAGCCCUAAUUCUCAUCCUAAAGAGACUGGAUCGUAUGUUCAAUAAAAUUCACAAAAUGCCAACUUUGAGGCGACAGGUUGAGUGGGAACCUGCCAGCAAUUUAAUAGAAGGGGUUUGUUUGACACUUCAGAGGCAACCAAUCAUAUCCUUCUUGCCUCACCUUAGGUCAUUGAUCAAUGUUUGUGUCAACCUGGUAAUGGGCGUUGUUGGACCUUCCAGUGUUGCAGAUGGACUGCCCCUCCUUCACCUCAGUCCAUAUCUUUCUCCACCGCUGCCAUUCAGCACUGCUGUUGUCAGACUGGUAGCACUACAGAUUCAGGCGUUAAAAGAAGACUUCCCUCUGAGUCAUGUGAUCUCACCUUUUACCAAUCAAGAGAGACGAGAAGGGAUGCUUCUUAAUUUGCUUAUUCCCUUUGUCCUGACAGUGGGUUCUGGAAGCAAAGACAGUCCUUGGCUGGAGCAACCUGAAAUAUUUCUGCUGCUGCAGACUGUGAUAAACAUACUUCUGCCCCCACGAAUUAUCAGUACCUCACGUAGCAAGAACUUUAUGCUGGAAAGUUCCCCGGCUCACUGCUCUACACCAGGAGAUGCUGGGAAGGAUCUGCGCAGGGAAGGACUUGCUGAAUCAACCAGCCAGGCUGCAUAUCUUGCUUUGAAAGUCAUCCUGGUCUGCUUUGAGAGGCAGUUGGGAAGUCAGUGGUAUCGGCUGAGUUUGCAGGUCAAGGAAAUGGCAAUACGUAAAGUGGGCGGCUUGGCCCUUUGGGACUUUAUUGACUUCAUUGUCAGAACUCGUAUUCCUAUUUUUAUACUCUUAAGACCUUUUAUUCAAUGCAAGUUACUGGCCCAGCCUGCAGAGACCCAGGAUGAGCUGAGUGCACGGCAGCACAUAGCAGACCAGCUGGAACGUCGCUUUAUCCCACGGCCACUGUGCAAGAGCUCGCUGAUCAAUGAGUUUAAUAGUGAAUUGAAGAUUCUAAAGGAGGCUGUGCACAGUGGGUCAGCCUACCAAGGAAAGACCUCCAUAAGCACAGUGGGCACUUCCACAUCUGCCUAUCGCCUAAGCCUGGCCACAAUGUCCCGCUCCAAUACAGGCACAGGAACUGUCUGGGAACAGGACAGUGAGCAUUCCCACCAAGCCUCCCAGGACACACUCAGUCGCACAGAUGAAGAGGAAGAAGAAAAUGACUCUGUGAGCAUGCCCAGUGUAGUAAGUGAACAAGAUGCAUACCUGUUGAGUGCCAUUGGGAGAAGACGAUUUUCCAGCCAUACAUCCACAUUAUCUGCCCCUCAGGCUGAAGCCCCCCUGGGCAUGCUUCCCAGCCAAAGCGAACCUAAUGUUCUUGACGACUCCCAUGGGCGUGAAGGCGAGAUGGGCCUGUCUAGGGUAGCAAGUGUGCAGAGUGAACCCGGUCAUCAGAAUCUUCUGGUUCAGCAGCCUUUGGGAAGGAAAAGAGGCAUAAGACAGGGGACUUUCUCUCCUUCUCACCUGGUUCAGCUCCGAAGACCUCUACUCUCACGCCAGAAAACUCAAACUGAACCAAGAAGCCGGCAUGGGGCAAGGCUUUCAACCACCCGUAGAAGCAUACAGCCUAGAGCAAAGCAGUUAGUGGAUCAGAAGAGAUCAGUAACAUUUACAGAAACACAGCCGCAGCCAUCUACAUCUCAUGCUGAGCCUCCAAGUCUAACCUCUCGCUCUGGCUGCAGCCCAGCUCCUUCCAUCAAACAAGCUUCUGCAGAAAGCCCUUUGCUCACCUCCUCACCAUCUAUCACGGUUGCUGAUCUCCACAGCCAGAAUGACAGCCAGUUUGGGCUUUCACUUUUCUUCCAGAGAGGGGGCUACUUCCUAGGGAAAGAGAACCCAGAGUCUAGCAGUGGAGCAUCAGCUCAACUUCUCCACAGUUCCCCAUCUUCCCAUCUUUCAGACCCUGAAGACUUUGCUGGUCUAGAGACGAGCAGCCUUCUUCAGUAUGGUGAUACAGUCCUUCACAUAACAGAAGAUAGUGGAAUGGAAAACCCUUUGGUUUCAGGACAUUUUAACUUCUCACAUUUCGAACUGGGAGAAACAGACGUUGAUCUGGACGAGUCUCAUGUGUAACACUGGUACAUACUGUACCUAAAUCCCAAGCAGAAACCAUGAUAACACUUGUUGCCCUUUACUAUUGUUCAUGUUUGGUUUGCUCUAAAUUGUGCCUCAGUCUAGUCACUACUAACAAAACAGAAUAGACUUUUCUUCUAUAAAAUAUAGAUACUUGAAAGGUGGCUUCUCUAAACCUCAUGAAUGUAAUACAAUACAACAAAUAGAAAGAAAUUCACAGCCUUUUCUUAUAGACCUAAAAACAUUAGUCAGCAUCAUCCAACUGUGACUAAGCCUUGUUGCUUCUCGCCUUGUUGCUUCAUGUUUUUGGGUCUGGUCUUCUUGCUGUGAAUUUAGAAACCAAUGUUGCUUAAUAGCAGGUAUGCUGGUUCAUGUGUCUGACAUUCCUGCUGAACAGUGCCUAAGGCUUUAAUAGCAUUGUGUGUUGCUUUAAUAGCAUUGUGUGUUCUGUAUACCUCUUUCUGAUGCCUUGUGUGAGCAGUCAUAACAUUACAUUGUGUGCUUUUGUCUUGUGUACUAAAACUGUCAUGCUUAAACACAGCCUGUGCUGUUUGUAGCCAUUAUAUAAAAUGUUAUUUCUUGUAAGACAUUGAACCCCUCCCUUAACUGUUAAACUGACUGUACAAAAGCCCACAAAGAUUCCUUGGUUGUAAUAGUAGUGUACGUCGAAUCAUUCUUAUUAUUGCUUCGUAUUAUUCUAAGUAUUCUAAUUAUUCACACUUUCCCCUUAGAAAGUGUAUUAU